AUGUUUGACGUUGUCUGCCUCGUCUCGGAGCACUCGAUCGCUUCAACAGCUUCAGAUGACCGGCCAGUAUACAUCACUACGCCUAUAUUCUAUGUCAAUGCAGCGCCUCAUAUUGGGCAUAUGUACACCAUGAUACUGGGAGACAUAAUGAAGAGAUGGCACACUUUAUGCGGAAAGAGAGCUAUAUUGUGUACUGGGACUGAUGAGCAUGGCAUGAAGAUUCAACAAGCAGCUGCCCUUGCCGGCAUCAAAAGUAAAUCGUUCUGCGACGACGGUGCCCAAUUGUUCAAGAAUCUAGCAAGCGAAUGUAAUGUUGAAUACGAUCGGUUUAUACGGACUACCGACAAGGAUCACAUAGAAGCUGUGCAGUAUGCUUGGUCCAUGCUGGCGGAUCGGGGCUACUUAUAUGAGUCGAAGCAUGAAGGCUGGUAUGCCGUUAGUGAUGAGACCUUCUAUCCUACUUCUCAAGUGCAUAGUGUGCUAGACACAGCAACUGGGAAAACGAAGAAUGUCAGUAAAGAGACAGGUAAAGAGGUUCAAUGGGUUUCAGAGAUCAAUUACCGAUUCCGACUCUCAGCUUUUCGAGAAAGGUUGUUGGAAUGGUACAAAGAUAAUCCGCGCUGGAUCCUGCCAGACGUGCGAAUGCAGGAUAUCGUUCGUGGCGUGGAAGCUGGCACGGACACUGAAGAUUUGUCCGUUUCGCGGCCCUGUGCACGAUUAACAUGGGGGAUACCUGUGCCUACCGACUCAAGUCAAACCAUAUAUGUCUGGUUAGACGCUCUCAUAAAUUAUAUCACUGCUGCAGGGUUCCCAUGGACCCCGGGACAGGAGAGUAUAGGUGGCUGGCCAGCCCAUUGUCAGAUCAUCGGCAAAGAUAUCAUGCGCUUUCAUUGUAUUUACUGGCCCGCAUUCCUGAUGGCCCUUGACAUUCCCCUUCCCAAACAAUUUCUGACUCAUGGCUACUGGCUUCUCGGCAAAGAACGCAUGUCCAAAUCAACUGGCAACGUGAUCAACCCCUUUUUCGCACUCGACCGGUUCGGUGUGGAUAAUCUGCGCUGUUUCCUUGCUCUUCACGGUAAUGUUACUAAAGAUAGCAGCUACAGCAACUAUGCAAUAUACGACACAUACCAGACUAUUCUCCGCAAUCGAAUCGGCAACUUAGUCUCUCGCCUGCUGAAGGGCAAGUGGAGCAUCCGCCGCGCCGUCAUGGAGACGACGGAAAAACACAGCCAGAAUCGUGAGUAUGUUGAUAUGCGUGCACACAUAAAGAAAGCUCGCGAUAUUGCUUCGCAGAUGAUGGCAAACAACGACGUCAAUCAGGCACUUCAGGCCAUUAUUGAGUUGCCGCUGCAUGCAAAUGCCUUCAUCCAACAGACCGAGCCAUGGAUGCUGGUCAAGAAGAAAUCGAACGAGGAGAAUGCUAAGGGGCUCAAUAAGCCGCUUGACAUUACCAUAUUCCAUGCUGUCGAGUCGAUCAGGGUCUUGGGCAUCUUACUGCAGCCGUUCAUGCCCGGCAAGGCCAGGCAGUUGUUGGACAUGCUGGGUGUGAGCGAGGAGAAGAGGACGUUGGCACAUUGUGAAUUCGGUUGCGAUCGGACUUAUGGGGAGUCGCCUGACAUACCUGAGGGCGAGGCAGGGAUGUUAUUCCCACCGCUGGCUUCUACUGAGUGA